GCAGUUCUUACAUCUAUUUGGUUUGUUUGGAAUUGUUGGCAGACUGGUAGUAGCUGAGCAAAACCAUAUCACCAUGACACUGAAUGGAGCAAAGGAUGUUCCUGUCAGAGGAUUUCUCUUAUCUGAAAACAAAUCUGAUGUUGCACCAAUGACUGACGCAAAAAUAAUUACCAAAUUAGACAGUAUUGAGAAAAAAAUCAAUCUACUUGAUGCUGUAAUGACGAAAGUGGAUCGCCUUAAAGAAAUCACGAACACGAGUACUCAACGGUUAACUGCAAUAGAAAUGGGCUUGAAGGACAUGAAGAAGGACGUAAAAGACAUUCCUUUUUCGAAUGUUCAUCGUGAAACGACAGGAUAUAUUGGAUGCUAUAAAGAUUGUGGAGGUCGAAUGCUGAACGCAAAGUCAAACAUGCAUGUAAACGAUCUUUCGUUAGCAAAAUGCAAAAGUAUCUGCAAAGGAUAUAAAUACCUUGGUUUACAGUAUACUAGACAGUGUUUUUGCGGGAACAAAAUGGACACCGUUAAAUUUCCACGAGUACCUGACAGUGAAUGUAAAAUGCCAUGUAGUAAAGAAAAGAGCAGGAUGUGUGGCGGCGGAUGUAGAAAUUCCAUAUACUACGUAUGAGAGGAUGCAAAAAUCAGGCAACGAAAUACUCCAAAACUGAAUGCAAUUAAACUUAUUUUAACAUCUA